AUGAUCUCUAGCGUUCUGCUGUCGUCCCGCGGCGUGGGUGGUGACGCGCCGACGCUUGCGCUGCACACCGUAUCAGCGUUUGUCGCUCGCGGAGCCCUUCUUGAGGCGGCAUGGCAGCCCAACGUGACGGAGGAGCAGCUGCAGCCUGACGAGGCGGCUGCGGCCGCCGCCGCCGCCGCUGCGGGGGCGGCUGCCGCGUCGGCCGCCGCGGUGGACCCUUUUGGCAUCGUGGUGGACGAGGUCCAGGCGGUGUCUGAGCGCCUGCGCCACAGCGUCGUGAGCAACGUGCCCGCGCUCAAGCUGGCCGCGGACUACUAUUUCCGGCCCGGCGUCCAGGGCAAGCGCCUGCGCCCGACGCUGCUGCUGCUGCUCGCGUCGGCGCUCUCGGGCCGCCCGCCCGGCGGCGCCGGCGCCGCGGACUGGGCGGCGCCCGACCUGCGGCCGCCGCACGAGCCGCCGGCGGAGCCGCGGCGGCGUGCGCAGCGCGUGGCGGAGAUCGCGGAGACGAUCCACGUCGCCAGCCUGCUGCACGAUGACGUCAUCGACGACGCCUCGACGCGCCGCGGCGUGCUGAGCCUCAACGCGAGCGUGGGCAACAAGCUCGCGAUCCUCGCGGGCGACUUCCUGCUCGCGCGCGCGAGCGUCACCCUGGCGUCACUCCGCGACCACGAGGUGACGGAGCUGAUGAGCCGCGUCCUGGAGAACCUCGUGUCGGGCGAGGUGAUGCAGAUGACGGCGGGCGAGGAGGCGCUGGGGUCGCUCGACCAUUACAUGACCAAGACGUUCUGCAAGACGGCGAGCCUCAUGGCUAACAGCGCGCGCUGCGUCGCCAUCGUGGCCGGCGCGCCGCCCGCGGCGCGCGACGCGGCGUGGGAGUACGGGCGGCACCUCGGGCUCGCGUUCCAGAUUGUGGACGACAUUCUUGAUAUCACGGGCAGCAGCAGCGUGCUGGGCAAGCCCGCGCUCAACGACAUGCGCGCCGGCAUCGCGACGGCCCCGGUGCUGCUCGCCGCGCGUGAGCAGCCGGCGCUGCUGCCGCUGAUCCGGCGCAAGUUCAAGGGCGCCGGCGACGUCGCGGCAGCGGUCGAGCUCGUGGCGGCGGGCAGCGGCGUCGCGGCCGCGCGGGCGCUCGCGGCGGAGCACGCGGCGAUCGCGGCGGCGCAGGUGCGGGCGCUGCAGCCGGCGGCGUGCGCGCACGCGCAGCUGUGCAGCGAGGCGCUGGUUAGCAUAACGCAGCGCGUGCUGACGCGCAGCAAAUGA